AUGCCACGUAAGCUACGUAAGAAUAUACGUAAGAGGAAGAGAGCAUUGAAACAUCCAAUAGUAAAACUGACACCACAACAACAGUUGCAACAACAAAUUAUGAAUGACCCCACUAUGUUGCAACAAAUGUCAAGCAACCCUAUGCUUUUAAACCGAGUUAUUGGUGCACAGAGUGGAGGUUUAAGAGCGGCACUUUUAGCGAAAAUGGCAGGCUAUGGUGGAGCUGCAGACGGAACAGCUUAUAACCCUCAAAGUCAAAUGAAUUUGAGUUCACUCAAAAAUCAAAUAACAGAUGUCAAAAAGUCAAACAUAGACAUACAGAAACAAAUAA